UCUGUGUGAAGUAGAUUCUCUCGCUCCAUUUUCUCUUCCCCUUCGCUCACCAACAGUCGACCAUGGCGGUUCUAGUCGGAAACCUAACACUACUGGUCGAUACAAUCUCGAUCCGAACAGGAUUACCAGAUCGUAGAACCCGGUUAGCAAUACUGGACGUAAUCUUGAAAAAAGAUUAUUAUUCUCAAAUCAUUAACAACGUUUCUCUUUCUACAAAAUCCGAAUCUUCUCGUCACGAUAAAGCUGAAAUUAGGAAUUUCUUAUACGGUGUUAAUAAUAAAAAAGGAAUUAUAAAUUCAAAAUCUAAUUCUUCUAUGGAUUUUGAUUCUGAAUUUAAUGGAGAAGACGAAGGUGAUGAGGAUUUUGAAAGUUGGGAAGAGCAAAUGAGAAAAAGAGUUAAAGAGUUGGAAGAGUUGAAGGAAUUAGAGAGAAAAGCAGAAGAAUUACAGAAUAGAGUUGACGACGAUGAUGAUGGUGGUGAUGAAGAUGAAGAUGAGUUUGGAGGGGAUGAUGAAGACACUGAAGAAAGGAAGAGGAUGAGAGUUCGAAAAGAGCUCGAAAAGGUGGCGAAAGAGCAAGCUGAGCGAAAGAAAACAGCAACAUUGAUGUUUGAGUUGGGACAGAAGGCUUACAGCAGAGGAAUGUAUGGUCGAGCAGUUGAGUUCCUAGAAGGUGCAUUAAUAAUCAUUCCAAGACCCACUAUGUUUGGCGGUGAGAUACAAAUAUGGCUUGCUAUGGCUUAUGAAGCGAACAACCGACAUGCAUAUUGUAUUACUCUUUAUCAGCAGUUAGAGAGGAAACACCCAAGUGUUAGUAUUCGACGGCAAGCUAAGGAGCUUCGCUACAUCUUACAGGCACCUAAACUUAAAAUUUCGAAGGAUGAAAUGGUUACGAUACCAUUAAUUGGUUCCGGUUAUGACAGUUAUGCGGGAACCUGGAGUGACAAGUACAAAGAUCAGCCUCCAAUCCCUAGUGGUAGAACAACCAAUCAGCUUCCUUCUAACAAGGCCUAUCUUGGUGAUUUUAUGGUUUCGCCUUCCCCAUCUGGAGGGUCCAGAUCGUCUGUGCCACUGCUUGGGUGUGCCCUAUGUGCCACACCAAUAGAAACACGGGCACACACAAGCAGUGGCACAGACGAUCUCGACCCCCGUCUGGAUGGGAAAAUAACCGAACUUUAUGGGCUUUCGUAGCUGUUUGGGUGAGCUUGGUAGGAGUUGCUCUCAUCAUUCACAGGUAAGCCACAAAAGAUAGUACUCCCCCCCCUGGACAGUGUUCACCAAUGUGCAUAUACAGACAGUGCAGAAUUCAGAUGCAUGCAUGUGAUGCAUUAUAUCUCACCAAUCUCAGCUUCAGGACCAACCGCCAGCAUUUCACUUCUGCACAUAUUUAAGCUCUCCUUAUAUUGUACUUUUUUACAGAAAAUAAAUUGUAUUCAUGUUUCAAAUGUUGUAUAUUAUAUUAUUAUUUCAUGCCAUGGAUAUUUCAAAUUGUAUUCGUUGACUUCCAUCUCCGCUCGUACU